CAGCGUCUUCGGGGCUUUGCUUUAAGUGGUGCGCGCUUCAGCAGCCAGUUUGACUUGCGGACUUCUCCACGCUGUGAGUGCGGGAUCAAUCUGUGACUUUGUCUACUUUUACUGCAACGCAAAGAGAUUUAAAAGGUUUAUCAUGGGGAGCAGAUUAAGCAAAAAGCUAAAUGCCCCAGCCAGCAGUGCUGAAACUGAACAGAAGACUGCAGAGGAGCCAGCAGCCACACCAGCAGCCACACCAGCAGCAGAAGACUCUGGGAUAACGCAAACUCUGGAGGCUGUUGAUGUACCGAAUCUAGAAGUGAUAGUGGGGGAGGUGGUGACACCAGUGGCAUCUUUACCAUCUGAACCAUGUGUGGCAGAGUGUAAAGAGGUGGAGGCUCCUGCUGCCCCUGAACCAGAGGCUGCGGCGAAGGAAACCCCUGCACCAGUCCAACCCGAGCCUCCUGUUCCAGUCAGUGAACCAUCACCUCCAGAACCAGAACCUAUUGCAGCACCAGAACCCAUUGCUGAACCAGAGCCCACUCCUGAACCUCAGGUUGCCCCAGAACCAGCUCCAGAGCCCAUCCCUGAACCUGAACCAGAACCCAUUCUCGAACCUGAGCCUACCUCCAUUCCAGAGCCAGAAGUUGAGGCAUUCCCUGAGCCAAUUCCAGAGUCACUCCCAGCACCGGUUGAGGAAUUGGAGCAGGAGAUAGAGCUGAUGACCCAAGAGCUUCUCCCUGAGCCAGUGCUUCCUUCACCACCUCUGAUUGACCUGGGUUUCCCUGAUGUUACUCCUGAACCUGCUGACAUCCCUUCCCUCCCUGAACCUGUUCCUGCAGACGAGCCCUCAGACAUCCCAGUUGUUGAGGAAUACCCAGGCGACAUUGAAGUUCCUGUAAUUUCAGCAUUAGAGCCAGAAAAGCCUGAGGAAACAUCAGAAUUUGUGGUGAAGCAGAUUGAAGUGGAGGCUGAAGAUGAUCUGCAGAAGCUUGUGGGUGAUGUCAACAUGGAAAGUGUUAAUGGACUACUAAAGAACUUGGAGCUGAAAGGAAAUGACCUUCUCGCUGAUCUCAUUCCCACUGAUGUCAAGAUCCCAGAUGACAGUCUCAUCACAAACAUGAGCACUCCCACCGAGCUGAUGUGAAUUCGCAGAAGAAGAAAUAUGAAAGCAGUGAAUGGAUGUUUUCUGUGAAACCCUCUUCACCCUGAUCAUGAAGUCUGAAAGAAUCAGAUACAAUAUUUGAUUUACUUACACUUUAAGGGGCAUAAUCAAGGCAAAAAUGGCUUUUCUCUGUCAAAAUAAUCAUAAUGUGCCAAAUGAACUGGGAUCAAACUGGUGUCUUGUUACACAAAACUACAUAUUGACACAUAUGUUUUUGAUACAUUUAUACAGCCACCAGGUGUGUGGGUGAGGGGUAGAGGAGCUCAAACGACACAGGAGAUGGGUGAAUUUGAGUUUAUUGUUGGACAUCAGAGAUUUUUCUCUAUGCAAAUUCACUAAUCAAGAUUUUAAAUGUUUUUCUUUUUCAUUGCUAAUUAAAAACCCUGUAUAAGGAUAGUGUGUAAAAAUGAAAUUUAAAAUCUUCUUAAGGUGUUUAUGGGAAUGCACAGCACUCAUAAGUUAAUGCAAAAUGACAGGCAAGGGACAGUAGCAAUGCAGAUGGAGACAGUUUGUGCAGACCGCUAUUUAGCAAGAAACAAGGGUCCAAUAAGCAUUUAUUCCUUAACAUACUCAUGUUGGAACCUUGCAAUACUUCUCUAACAGGUGUGAUUGCCAUCUAAUUGCUAUUUCAAUACAAUAAGAUGGUAUUUUUUUAACCCAAAUUGUGGCUUGCUUGUGAAAAUAAAGAUAUUAUUCAAUA